UUUCAUCCUGUGAGCUUAAUAGGAAGAAAAGGGUAAAGAAUGAAGAGAAAAAAAAUCUUUGGAAAGGAGGGCCAAAUGCCACCACACGUUUCCCAUUAAUGAUUGAUGAUGGGCAGCAACCCACCAGUGCUCUGCUGAGGCUUCGUCAUCUUCAACCACACCAUUGAAUCCAUUUUCCACUGGUUCGCUCCUCACCUUCUUCUUCUUCUUCUUCUUCUGAUUUGCUACUGAGAAGCUUCUAUUUUCAGAACAUCUGAUUCACUUGGACACUUCAAGCCACCGUCCCUCAUUUUCUGUAAGGAAAAAAAGAUACGCCUGAAAAGAUGGAGCAUGCAGCUGGAAAUAUUCUCAACAAUAUAAUGGAAACAAUAGCUGAUGGUGUCCAACAGCAUAAGCCUGAGAUUGAAGAACAAAAUACAGCCUCUGCCCGGGUGAGAAAACUAUUUGGACGCCAGAAAACCAUUCAUAAGAUCUUGGGUGGUGGACAAUCUGCUGAUGUGCUGCUAUGGAGGAACAAGAAAAUCUCUUCUAGUGUCUUGACAUGUGCAACAGUUAUCUGGGUUCUCUUUGAAUGGCUUAAUUACCAUUUCUUGACUCUGAUAGCCUUUGCACUAUUUCUCGGAAUGCUUAUUCAGUUUGCUUGGUCUUCUGCCUCUGUUGUACUAAACAGAUCGACAUCUCAAGUGCCUCGACUUGUUAUACCCGAUGACCUAUUUGCUAAUGUUGCUGUUUCUCUUGGUGCCCAAAUCAAUCAAUUCUUGGGAUUCAUUCAAGAUGUUGCAUGUGAAAGAAACUUGAAGCGAUUUCUUGUGGUUGUAGCAAGCUUGUGGGCUGCUGCUAUUAUAGGGACAUGGUGCAAUCUCCUCACUGUUGUUUAUGUCGGAUUUGUUUGCGCUCAUACGCUGCCAAUAGUGUAUGAGAAAUAUGAAGAUCAAAUUGAUGACUUUCUAUAUAACCUCCUCGGGCAGUUCCAGAAUCACUAUAGCAAGCUGGAUGUGAGUGUGCUGAGUAAACUAUCCAAAGGAAAUCUCAGAUCAAAGAAGAAUGACUAGAGUCCAUCCUUCUUUGGUUCAUCUUGUCUUUUAUUGUGUGAUCGACAUGCUGUAUUGCUGUCAAAUAAAGAUGAAAACCUCCACCACUACUGUGAACACAACAGCAGCAAUUCUGUGCAUAGUCUUUUUGCCACUGAAUGCUGGUUUCUGAUAUCCCAACUGGUUGUCAAGCAAUUAUGCAAACAGAGCAUGAUGUUCUUUAGGUCAA